GUUUUAAAUACGUCAACGUUUGUUUAUCAUCAAAUCUUGUCUCCCAGAAGGAAUUAAAUAUUCUGAAUUCGUUUUAAAACAUUUCACGUCGAAUUGGUGUGAUAGAGAUUUAAACAGAAGAAAACUGUGGCACAUAAAGAUAGCUUAUUUUGAAUGGAGAGACAUCGAGGUUCCAAAUGAGGAAUUGGUUGCUGUUUUUACUUAUUCUUGUAUUAAGCGUAUCAGGUCUAAGUGAUGGCGCGCACCUGCCGAUCUUUUUUCCGGACGUCAUCACCGCCGUUAUACUCGAAGGAACCAUAGAUCCUGUGGUGACCGAUUUGAAUUGCACCACGCCCGCUGGGGGUCUUUGCUCGAUCACUAUUACGGAUGGCGAUGACUCCCCACAAAACAAGUUUACAGUGGCUGGAGCUGAGCUGAGGACCAGUUUCAAUUCCACCGAUUUCGAGUCGUUAGAGGCAAAGAACUUUGUAUAUACAUUGGUACUGAGUGGAACAGAUCCUAGUAUCCCGGCUCUGACCGGCGUGGCCACGAUCUUCGUGUAUGUUGACCCUGUGAACGAACAUGACCCACGAUUUGACGGAUUGCCGUAUACAGCCUCGGUUUCAGAGGACACCCCACCAGGCACUGAAGUGAUACUGCUGACUGGUAUGGACGAUGACUUGGGACCAGAUGGUGACAUCUCUUUUUCCAUCUUUGGUGGUAAUGUAGGCAAUGCAUUUGACAUCAAUCCAGCUACUGGAAGAAUCUUAACAAAGAAUCUAUUGGACUAUCAGACGCAGCAAACAUACAAUCUGCUCGUCCGUUUGUCGGACGGAAAUCGGUCGGUCGUAGCAAAUGUCGCUGUUAUAGUUAUCCCAGUAAAAGACAACAUCCCACAAUGCACUCCGGCUGUCUAUCACAUCAGUAUGGACGACUCCCUAGCAACUGCAGGAACCACGAUACAAACGUUGGCGUGUUCAAAUGUAGAUGGCGAUCCUAUGACUUACAGCAUAAUUAGCGGGGAUGUAUCGGGGGAAUUCGAUAUCACAAUCCCACCGGCCGUGGUGCUGGUGAAAGAUCUAAAUGCGAGCCAACAGACCCUGAGUUACCUCUUGAUGAUAAACGUCUCAUACGGGUCAAGGUCAACGGAUGUGUGGUUACGUAUUGACAUAAUUAAGCACAACGCACAUACACCAGAGUUUUUAACGAAUCCAGUGGUGGAUGUGCGCGAAAGUGACAUAGUGGGAACGGAAAUCGCCUUGUACACAGCCAAUGACACGGAUGCGGAACCGUAUGGAAUUGUAUCUUAUGAAAUAGAAUCCGUAACAAAUGGUGGCAUGACCAAUUUUUUGAUUGAUUACAAGUCGGGGAGAAUAGAGCUUGCAAAGCGCCUGGACUACGAACAUUUCACAACCUAUGAUUUGAAAAUAGUUUGUACAGACGGGGGCGGGCUGAAGGGUACCGGAAUGGUGACAGUAAAUGUUCAAAAUGAAAACGACAACGCACCUGUCUGCUCUACAUAUCUAGAGGCGUACAAUAUACCCGAGGAUAUAGGGUUGAAUGAAUUGGUAUCGGCGGACAUUCAGUGUACGGAUGCUGACGGUGACCCCUUGGUGAUUAACAUGGUACAGAGUCCCUCCGGAUCCACCUUCACUCUCUCCGGCACCAGGACGGUCCUUGUCAACGAACUUCUGGACUUCGAAACACAAUCGAUUUAUGAUCUUCGUAUUUCCGUCAGUGAUGGCGGGGGCACUCCCGCUGUGAUAACAUUCACAAUUGACGUCACGAAUGUGAACGAAUACACUCCCGUAUUUACCAACACAGGUAAAUAUUAUUCUACUAUCAGUGAGGCCUCCCAGCCUGGCGUUCUUGUUACCACGGUGACAGCGACCGAUAGCGACAAGGACACGGUGUCCUACAGCUUUGUGGCACCACAGACAAAAUUUAACAUUGGAUCAGCAAGUGGGACAAUACUACUGAACAAAAUGUUGGACGCCGACACCCAAUCUUCGUACACCUUACUAAUUCAAGCAUCUGACGGACAGAGAGAAUCCACCGCGACAGUGUUUGUAACGGUGAAUGACGUCAAUGAACCGCCUGCAUUUGAUCAGGUCACGUACAGCUUUACCAACACCGAAAACACGAAGACAGGAACGAUCGUGGGCAAGGUAACAGCCAGAGACCCGGAUGUAACGGGUAACAACGCUUUGUUUCGUUACUCUAUUAUUUCCGGCAACGUUAAUUCUCAUUUCCUCAUUAAUCCUGACGACGGCACCAUAAGUGUCGCAGUGCCCACUGACUACGAAUUUACGCAGAUUAUUCUUCUGGUAACUGAGGUCUCGGAUUUCGGAUCCAGUGCACUAUCAGAAAAAUGUACCGUGAAUAUCAGCAUUAUUGACGUCAAUGACAACGCACCCGGAUUUCCGACGUCCACUUUAGUCCAAUUUCUUGCAGAGAAUAGUAGUGUUGGAGAUGUUGUCACACAGGUUUUUGCAAAAGAUGUUGAUUCGGAUCAGAAUGGUAACAAUUUGUUUGAGUUUAGAAUGUUGUCAAACGUGCCGUUCACAGUCCAUUCUGUAUUAGGAACAGUGACCGUUAGUGGACAACUGGACAGAGAAACCCAAGAAAGUUAUGAGAUGAUCAUUGAAGCAGUCGACAGAGGAUUUCCCGCGCAAACAGGUUUUGUCACUUUGACCAUCACCCUGACAGACGUUAAUGAUAACGACCCAAUAAUACUUGGAAGCUACGACAAGACUAUUCCCGAGAACGCACCCAUUCAUUCCUUGGUAUUCUCCCUGGCAGUUAAUGACACUGACGUAGGGGACAAUGGACGCUUUCUGUAUUCCAUCUUAUCAGGGGAUCCGAAUUUUCAUUUUAAGAUCGAUCAGAUCAGCGGAUAUGUCCAGGUCGCCACGAAUCUGGAUCGCGAAUCCCAGGCAGUUUAUGAAUUAGUAAUUCAAGCCUCGGAUUUAGGAUCUCCGCAGAAGUCUUCGUCCAUUACUGCUACAGUCACGCUAAGUGACAUCAAUGACGUCACGCCAAAAUUCAACCAAGAUGUAUACACGUUCAGUAUCAACGAGAACUCUCCCAUUGGGACGGUCGUUGGAAACAUUGGUGCAACUGAUGGUGAUUUGGGGAAUAAUGCUUUAGUUACAUACAGAUGGAAAACAUAUAAUGAUGGCCACGCCGGAAAGUUUAUGAUUAAUGAAACAUCAGGAGAGAUAACCGUAUCGGACACUAUUGACCGAGAGAUGGAGGGGUUUUACUCCAUCAGAAUCAUUGUUGAAGAUGGUGGGUCAUUGUCUUCUGAAGCCAUUGUAAACAUCACCAUUAACGAUGAGAACGACAACGCACCGAUAUUUACAAGAAAUCUGUAUUCAACAGAAGUUUUUGAAAAUUUUACAGUGGGAGGCAUGAUUCUACCCUCUACGGCGUAUGACCUUGAUAUUGGACUCAAUGCUAUAAUAAGCUUUGACCUUGACAUGGUUUUACAAGAUGGAGUAAUAGCAGUACAAUAUUUUUCGAUAAAUGGCACUACUGGUGAUGUGUUUCUGAUCAAGGAACUUGACCGAGAGAUGUAUGAAAACAUUUCUAUGACGGUUACGGCAACUGAUGGAGGCUCACCGCCCCAGUCUGCCAAUACAACCGCUACAAUUUUCAUUGUUGAUAUAAACGAUAAUCGACCGAUAUUUACGCCGUCUUUUUAUAACGCGGAAGUGUCUUAUGAACAAGUGUGUGACCACGUUUUUACUGUAGUAACAGCGAUGGAUACAGAUCAGGAGAAGAAUGCUGAUGUUGUUUAUGAAAUGGAUCCAGCUUACGGAGAGAACCAGUUUUUGGUUGAUUCAACAUCAGGACAAAUAAGUACAAACGUGAGUGUCAAUGAAUCCCAGAACGUGAUUUUCGUGCGGGCACAUGAUCUUGGGACACCCAAUCUGAUGUCAUCAUCGAGCGCUAAAAUUCGAAUAGACUCGUUUAAUGCAAGCGAAACGAUCAUUUCAUUCUCUCUGGCAAUGAAAUUGUCUACAUACUUGAGGAAGGAAGCAGAAUUUCUAGCUCUCGUAAAGGCAACAAUUGAAGAAUUUUAUGCAACGGCGUAUGUUCGACGAUGGUGUAUAGAGGACAAAACAACUUCCGUGGUGGUAUAUGUCUAUUCCGUAAAGAACGAUCUAACAGAUUGGGAGACGAACCUGUUUAUGGAGAAACCGUUCAUGACUAAUGGUGAAUUCCUGGAUUCUUUGGACCUUAACGCGAAUAAUGUCCCCACCAUCAACGGAACAGACAAGCCAUGGAGAGAUAUGUUGGUCAUUGACGUCACACCCUAUGGAGAGAACAUCGUGUAUCCGGGAGGCGCCUCGCGUUCGUCCAGUGGGAGAGACCCGUCCGAUGUUACCAUUGCUCUGGCGGUUUUAUUUUCACUCCUUGGUCUGGCGUUAUUAGCAAUCCUUAUAUGCAUUCUAUGGAGAAGAAAUAAACGAAAAAAAGAAAAUGCAAACAAAUCAAAGACAAAGCUUAUCAAAGUUCAAUCGAACGGAAAGAAGAGCAAUGAUGGUUCGAAUUCUUUAGGGAGACAGUCAUUUGCUGCGGACGAAGAUAAGAGCCAAAUGGUCACAGUAGGUAAUCCGUCCAUGGUUUACUCAGGAUCUGCAAAAAAAUCUGGAUCUUCUGGCUCCAGAUCGACAAGAGGCAAUGGAUCACCUUCUGGAUCCGGAUCCACAACAGACAAUGAUCACAUGACCAGGAUUGACGUUGAUGGGAUGAGGGAGGGGCUUGUAACUCCAACAGAUGUAGGGAUAACACAGGGGGUGAUGAAUGGAGACACGGGGUCAGUGACUAGGGAUGGAGGGCAUGAGAAAGGUUUCAAUUACAGAAAAUAUGCUGACGACCAGCAUCCAGACAGACGUCUGAUGUCCGCCUCGGAUGGGAAGUCGUCGGCAAGGACAUUUGAGAAUAGAGGCAUCGACAAAGUUACGGGCUGGGUAUAUGAAAACAACCCUGAUAACAAUGGCCGACAGUGGCUCCGAACCCCGGAUGGAGAUCCUAUAUUUAAACAACUUCCUUUCGUUUAGAGAAAAAGUGACAACGAAUUUUAAGCAUUUGUUGAUUCAGAGAGGAAUAAAGUGUUUGAUCAGUCA